UGACUACACACUGGCAGACAUUACCAAGCCUCCACACGACACUGAGCUGGUGUUGGCCAGGAUUUGACUGGACUGCAGGCUCCUUUAUCUAUUACACUUAAAUUGUCUUCAACUAUUUCUAUUGUGUUUCCUCCAUCUUUCAGAAUCCUCAACCAUCGUCACUGUUCUGCCGAGGGAGGGAAAGAGAUAAUCCAUCAUCAUGAGUGGGGACGCAGAAAUGGAGUGUUUUGGGGCGGCGGCCAUUUACCUCCGCAAGCCAGAAAAAGAGCGUCUGGAGGCCCAAAAUACUCCCUUUGACGCCAAGACAUCAUACUUUGUUAGCGAAGCUAAUGAAAUGUACCUCAAGGGCAAACUGGUGAAGAGAGAGGGAGGUAAAGCCACCGUGGAAACAAUCUGCGGCAAGACUCUCACUGUAAAGGAGGAUGAAAUCUUCCCCAUGAAUCCACCCAAGUUUGACAAGAUUGAGGACAUGGCCAUGAUGACCCACCUCAGCGAGCCUUCUGUGCUGUAUAACCUCAAAGAGCGUUAUGCAGCAUGGAUGAUCUACACCUACUCUGGUCUGUUCUGCGUCACUGUGAACCCCUACAAGUGGCUCCCGGUGUACGAUUCAGGAGUCGUAGCAGGAUAUAGAGGCAAAAAGAGGAUUGAGGCUCCUCCUCACAUCUUCUCCAUCUCUGACAAUGCCUAUCAGUUCAUGCUCCAAGACAGAGAAAAUCAGUCUGUCCUCAUCACUGGAGAAUCUGGUGCAGGAAAGACUGUGAACACCAAACGUGUCAUCCAGUACUUUGCAACAAUUGCAGUGCCUGGAGGAAAGAAGUCUGAGCAUUCAACUGGCAAAAUGCAGGGAUCGCUGGAGGAUCAAAUCAUUGCAGCAAAUCCCCUGCUGGAGGCUUAUGGUAAUGCCAAAACUGUGAGGAAUGACAACUCCUCCCGCUUUGGUAAAUUCAUUAGAAUCCACUUCUCCACCUCAGGAAAGCUGGCCUCUGCAGAUAUUGAAACAUACCUGCUGGAGAAGUCUCGUGUGACCUUCCAGCUGUGUGCCGAGAGAAGCUACCACAUUUUCUAUCAGCUCAUGACUGGUCACAAACCCGAGUUGCUCGAGGCACUGCUCAUCACCACCAACCCAUACGACUAUCCCAUGAUCAGUCAAGGUGAAAUUACUGUCAAGAGCAUCAAUGACAUUGAGGAGUUCAUAGCCACCGAUACAGCCAUUGACAUCUUGGGCUUUACUAAUGAAGAGAAGAUUAGCAUGUACAAAUUAACAGGAGCUGUGAUGCACCAUGGAAACAUGAAGUUCAAGCAGAAGCAGCGUGAAGAGCAAGCUGAGCCAGAUGGCACUGAGAUUGCUGAUAAGAUCUCCUACCUCAUGGGCCUGAACUCCGCUGACCUCCUGAAGGCUCUUUGCUACCCAAGGGUCAAAGUUGGAAAUGAGUUUGUGACCAAGGGUCAGACUGUACCUCAGGUGAACAACGCCGUCUCUGCCCUCUGUAAAUCGGUCUAUGAGAAAAUGUUCUUGUGGAUGGUGGUUAGAAUCAAUGAGAUGCUGGAUACAAAGCAACCCAGGAGCUACUUCAUUGGUGUAUUGGACAUCGCCGGUUUUGAAAUCUUUGACUUCAACAGUUUGGAGCAGCUCUGCAUCAACUUUACCAAUGAAAAACUGCAACAGUUUUUCAACCAUCACAUGUUUGUGCUGGAGCAAGAGGAGUACAAGAAAGAAGGAAUUGAGUGGGAGUUCAUUGACUUCGGCAUGGACUUGGCUGCCUGCAUUGAGCUUAUUGAGAAGCCGAUGGGCAUCUUCUCCAUUCUCGAAGAGGAGUGCAUGUUCCCCAAGGCUUCGGACACUACCUUCAAGAACAAACUGUAUGACCAGCAUCUUGGCAAGACCAAGUCGUUUGAGAAACCAAAGCCUACCAAAGGCAAGGCUGAAGCACACUUCGCUUUAGUGCAUUACGCUGGCACUGUCGACUACAACAUUGUUGGCUGGCUGGACAAGAACAAGGACCCCCUGAAUGACACAGUUGUUCAGCUCUACCAGAAAUCCUCUACCAAGCUUCUGGCAUACUUGUACGCAACCCACGCCUCAGGAGAAGAAGGUGCAGGUGCAAAGAAAGGUGGCAAGAAGAAGGGUGGUUCCUUCCAAACGGUGUCUGCUUUGUUCAGGGAGAAUCUCGGCAAACUGAUGACAAACUUGAGGAGCACACAUCCUCACUUUGUGCGCUGUCUGAUUCCUAACGAAUCCAAAACGCCAGGUCUGAUGGAGAACCACCUGGUCAUCCACCAGUUGCGCUGCAAUGGUGUGCUGGAGGGCAUCAGGAUCUGCAGAAAAGGUUUCCCCAGCAGAAUUCUCUAUGGUGACUUCAAGCAAAGAUACAAAGUGUUGAACGCCAGCGUCAUCCCUGAAGGUCAGUUCAUCGAUAAUAAGAAGGCCUCAGAGAAACUUUUGGGGUCCAUUGAUGUGGAUCACAGUCAGUACAAGUUUGGUCAUACUAAGGUGUUUUUCAAAGCCGGUCUGUUGGGUCUAUUGGAGGAAAUGAGAGAUGAGAAACUUGCUGAGUUGGUCACAAUGACUCAGGCUUUGUGCAGAGGUCACCUCAUGAGACGAGAGUUUCUCAAGAUGAUGGAGAGGAGGGAGGCCAUUUUUUCCAUCCAGUACAAUGUUCGCUCAUUCAUGAACGUCAAAACAUGGCCAUGGAUGAAGCUCUAUUUCAAAAUUAAGCCUCUGCUGAAGAGUGCAGAGACUGAAAAAGAGAUGGCCCAAAUGAAAGAGGACUUUGAAAAAACCAAGGAGGACCUUGCAAAGGCACUGGCCAAGAAGAAGGAACUAGAGGAGAAAAUGGUUUCGCUCCUUCAGGAGAAGAACGACCUUAUGUUGCAAGUGCAAUCUGAUAGUGAAAACCUUAACGAUGCAGAGGAAAGGUGUGAGGGGCUCAUCAAAGCCAAAAUCCAGCUUGAGGCCAAAGUCAAAGAGACAUCAGAGAGGCUAGAAGACGAGGAGGAAAUCAAUGCUGAACUGACAGCAAAAAAGAGGAAGCUAGAGGAUGAGUGCUCCGAGUUGAAGAAAGACAUCGAUGACCUGGAGCUUACUCUGGCUAAAGUAGAGAAGGAGAAACAUGCCACUGAAAACAAGGUCAAAAACUUGACUGAGGAGAUGGCUUCUCAAGAUGAGACCAUUGCAAAAUUGUCCAAAGAAAAGAAAGCCCUCCAAGAGGCCCAUCAGCAGACACUCGAUGACCUUCAGGCAGAGGAAGACAAAGUCAACACCCUGACAAAAGCCAAGUCCAAGCUGGAACAGCAAGUGGAUGAUCUUGAAGGAUCACUGGAGCAAGAAAAGAAGCUCCGGAUGGAUCUUGAAAGAGCUAAAAGGAAGCUGGAGGGAGACCUGAAGCUGGCUCAAGAAUCUAUAAUGGACCUUGAGAAUGACAAGCAACAGUCUGAUGAAAAAUUUAAAAAGAAGGACUUUGAGGUCAGCCAACUAUUGAGUAAGAUUGAAGACGAGCAAAGCCUUGGAGUCCAAUUACAGAAAAAGAUAAAAGAACUUCAGGCCCGUAUUGAGGAGCUUGAGGAGGAGAUUGAAGCCGAGAGGGCUGCUCGCGCCAAGGUGGAGAAGCAGAGAUCCGAUCUCUCCAGGGAACUUGAGGAGAUCAGUGAGCGACUUGAAGAGGCCGGCGGGGCUACCUCUGCUCAGAUCGAGAUGAACAAGAAGCGCGAGGCCGAGUUCCAAAAGUUGCGUCGUGACCUGGAAGAGUCCACCUUGCAGCACGAGGCCACUGCCGCAGCGCUGCGCAAGAAGCAAGCCGACAGUGUGGCCGAGCUCGGGGAGCAGAUCGAUAACCUUCAGCGCGUCAAACAGAAGCUGGAGAAAGAGAAGAGUGAAUUUAAAAUGGAAAUUGAUGACCUCAGCUGCAAUAUGGAGUCUGUUGCCAAAUCCAAGGCUAACCUUGAAAAGAUGUGUAGGACUUUAGAAGAUCAACUAGGUGAGCUGAAAGCCAAGAAUGAUGAGAAUGUCCGUCAACUAAAUGAUUUUGGCGCACAAAAAGCAAGACUUCAUACAGAAAAUGGUGAGUUUGCACGACAGCUGGAGGAAAAAGAAGCUCUUGUGUCUCAGCUCACAAGAGGGAAGCAGGGCUACACCCAACAGAUUGAAGAGCUCAAGAGGCACAUUGAGGAAGAAGUUAAGGCGAAGAAUGCCCUGGCUCAUGCUGUACAGUCGUCCCGUCAUGACUGUGAUCUUCUGCGAGAGCAGUAUGAGGAGGAACAGGAGGCCAAAGCUGAGCUGCAGAGAGCCAUGUCCAAGGCUAAUAGUGAGGUGGCUCAGUGGAGAACCAAAUAUGAGACAGAUGCUAUUCAGCGUACUGAGGAGCUUGAGGAGGCAAAAAAAAAGCUUGCCCAGCGUCUUCAGGAUGCAGAGGAAUCCAUCGAGGCAGUGAACUCAAAGUGCGCUUCCCUGGAAAAGACCAAGCAGAGGCUGCAGGGUGAAGUGGAAGAUCUGAUGAUAGAUGUGGAGCGAGCCAAUGCUCUUGCUGCCAACCUCGACAAGAAGCAGAGAAACUUUGAUAAGAUUCUUGCUGAGUGGAAGCAAAAAUACGAAGAAAGCCAAGCUGAACUGGAGGGAUCUCUGAAGGAGUCCCGCUCACUCAGUACUGAGAUGUUCAAACUGAAGAACUCAUAUGAAGAAGCUCUGGAUCACCUUGAGACCUUAAAGAGAGAGAACAAGAACCUGCAACAGGAGAUUUCUGACCUGACCGAGCAAAUUGGAGAGACUGGAAAGACAAUCCAUGAACUUGAAAAGGGAAAGAAGGCAGUGGAAAGCGAGAAGUGUGAAAUCCAGACAGCUCUGGAGGAGGCAGAGGCUACUCUAGAGCACGAGGAGUCCAAGAUUCUUCGUGUUCAGCUUGAACUUACCCAAGUCAAGGGUGAGAUUGACAGAAAGCUUGCAGAGAAGGAUGAAGAAAUGGAGCAGUUCAAGAGGAACAGCCAGCGUAUGAUCGAGUCCAUGCAGAGUACGUUGGACGCAGAGGUCAGGAGCAGGAAUGAUGCCCUGAGAAUUAAGAAGAAGAUGGAGGGUGACCUGAAUGAGAUGGAGAUUCAGCUGAGCCAUGCCAACCGCCAGGCAACUGAAGCCCAGAAACAACUGCGGAAUGUCCAGGGACAACUGAAGGAUGCCCAGCUCCAUCUUGACGAAGCCAUAAGAGGUCAAGAGGACAUGAAGGAACAGGUUGCCAUGGUGGAGCGCAGGAACAACCUGAUGCUGGCUGAAAUUGAGGAGCUAAGAGUUGCUUUGGAGCAGACAGAGAGAGGCCGCAAAGUGGCUGAAGCUGAGCUAGUUGAUGCCAGUGAGCGUGUUGGUCUGCUGCACUCACAGAACACCAGCCUUAUCAACACUAAGAAGAAACUGGAGUCUGACUUUGUCCAGAUCCAAAGUGAAGUAGAGGAUGCUGUGCAGGAAUCAAGAAAUGCUGAGGACAAGGCUAAGAAAGCCAUCACGGAUGCUGCCAUGAUGGCUGAGGAGCUGAAGAAAGAGCAGGACACCAGUGCCCAUUUGGAGAGGAUGAAGAAGAACCUGGAGGUGACGGUCAAAGACUUGCAGCACCGCCUGGAUGAGGCUGAGAAUCUGGCAAUGAAAGGAGGCAAAAAGCAGCUCCAGAAACUGGAGUCCAGGGUGCGUGAGCUUGAAGCAGAGGUAGAAGCCGAGCAGAGGCGAGGAUCCGAUGCUAUAAAAGGCGUUCGUAAAUAUGAGAGAAGAGUGAAGGAGCUUUCCUACCAGACCGAGGAGGACAAGAAAAAUGUCAAUAGACUUCAGGAUUUGGUUGACAAGCUGCAGCUGAAGGUUAAGGCCUAUAAAAGGCAGUCAGAAGAGGCUGAGGAACAAGCCAACACUCACAUGUCCAGGCUGCGGAAGGUUCAACAUGAGCUGGAGGAGGCUCAGGAGCGAGCGGACAUUGCAGAGUCACAGGUCAACAAGCUGAGGGCCAAAAGUCGGGAAAUUGGGAAGACAAAAGAUGCCGAAGAAUAAGAUGGAACAUCAUCGAGAGAUUAACAUGACAAUCAUAUAAUAUGAUCUUUCAUUGGAAUCCUCUCAUGAUAUACUGUUGAUGUACAUUCAAUAAACCUAUUUUGCCGG